GGCCAAAGAUUUAAAUAAACAUAAAAGAUGACAAAAAGAAGAAAGAAGGUGGUUGAAGAAAACAUAUAAGUAUUCCCUUGGGAUCUACAAAUAAUUGAAUAGAUAGGUGGGUGAUUUUGAGAAUAAGAAAUCAAUGAGAAAUAUAGAUCCAGAUCUACAAAUUAUUGACUUUUGGUGAUCCAAUGACAGUUUAGGAAUGGGGAAGACGACCAAAUGGAUCAAGAAUUUGUUGGCCGGAAAGAAAGACAGAACCACCAAUCAGCCACCAAUCGCCACCCAAGAUCGAACCCCAAGAACCCCCAUCUCCACCCAUCCCACAACUCCCAAGGAGAAGAGCAGAUGGAGCUUCCGGCGAUCAUCCGCCACCUCCACCACAACUCCCAACUCCACCGACAUUGCAUCCACUACACCCCCCUCUUUCCAACCUGAAAAUUUCGAACACAAGAACCAUGCUCCGGCAAUGGCAGCACCACAAGGGGAGGCAACCACCAUGAUACGUCUCACCAACAUUGAUGUCAAGGAGGCUACUUCCGCCAUAAAGAUUCAAUCAGUUUUCCGCUCUUACUUAGCAAGAAAAGCUUUACAUGCAUUGAGAGGACUAGUGAAGCUGCAAGCGUUAGUUAGAGGUCACCUGGUGCGAAAACAGGCAGCUGAAACCCUCCGGUGCAUGCAUGCACUAGUGAUGGUUCAAGCUAGAGCUCGUGCUCAAAGAAGAACCAAAGAUCAUCGAUCUCUUCAAGGUGUCUACAAUCAAGAACUAAUGGAAGAAAACAUCAAGAUUGUUGAAAUGGAUAUGGGUCAUGCUCAUGCAUGGCCGUGUGUCUCCCCGGAGCCUCCGGAAGACUUUGACCAAUCUGGUCAACUAUACUACUCGAAACCCGAUCAUUCUAGACCACAUUCCACAUAUUCUAUUGCUGAUUAUACGGAAACCAUCAAUGAUUUGGGGGUUUGUCCAAGUUAUAUGGCUAACACGCAAUCAUCGAGGGCCAAAGCUCGAUCCCAGAGCGCUCCUAAACAGCGCCCUGAGGAUCAGAGUUGGGCCCACGGGAGACAGUCUACAAGUAGUAUUAAGAGGAGACCUUCUCUUGAGGGGAGGAAUGUGCCACGAGCCGUUAGGAUGCAACGGUCAUCGUCUCAUGUUGGUGCGGGUGCUAACAAGAAUCACUGUCCGUGGUCAAUCAAGCUCGAUAGGUCAAGUGUUUCUCUUAUGGAAAGUGAAUGUGGCUCCACGAGUACUAUUCUAACCAAUGGCUAUUAUAGCAAGUCAGUGGUUGGAUAUGGAUAUUGAAGACAUCAUUAGGAGUUAAUCCAUGUGAAAUCAUGUAGCUUCAACGACCAUGUUGAAAGAGUAUCGUUUGUGUGUCAGUAGAUAAGUGUUAAUUAAAAGCAUUUUCAUCAUGUUAGUGAUAUUACAAAAACAAAAAAAAAUAAACGUUUUGAUUUGUGAUGUAGAA